CCUUAAUCUCUAGCAGAUCAGACUGAGGAAGAAGGACUCAUUAAAAAAUGUGGGUAAUUUCCUUUAGCCACUCUGUGCUGGGUACUCUUUUGCUUUUUGCUACAGUAGUUCAAGGCACUGACAAUUUGGGUACCACUGUCGGUAGCAGGACUAGUCCUCCAACUGAGAAUACAACCACGGUGAAGUAUAGUACAACUCCAGCCACGGCAACAGAAGGUGACAUUUCUGCUAACAAUACCAGCAGUCAAACAAUCCUAAGCAGCACCACAGUCUUACUGUCCACUUCUACGAGUCCCACUACAGUUCCAGAAAACAGUGAGGGUGAAGAUACAAGUCACAGGACAACUGUUGGACAAGAUAAAAGUACUACAAGCCAGACAACUACCACAGGGAGUCAAACUGUGGAAUAUGACAUCUCAUCCACAAAAAACAACAGUUCUGUGGAAGAGCUCACAUCCAGCAGUGCAGGAAUAAUCAUUUUAAUUGCCCUAAUUAUUGCCAUUGUCCUUAUUAUGGUGAUAAUUUAUAUUAUACGUCUAAAGACAAGGAGGUACUCGUUUGAUUUAUACAACAAAAGUCCUGAAGAUGCAGGGAUUCCUUUGAGCUCUGUGGACAAAGACGGUGCAUGUGAAUCAUUUUCAGCAAAAGAUACCUCAGGAAAUGUGAAUACACGCCAUGACAACAACGAAACCCUCGGUUCACCCAAGGACCCUUCAUCAGAGACUGGUCAAGAAAAGCCAGGCAGUGAGACAGACACCAAAGAAGCAGAGAAACCAGAAAAGGAGGGUAAAGAAGGCAGUUUUGGCUCCCAAAUUCCCCUCACCAUGUUGGACGAUAUAGAACUCAAACUGGACACAAAUGAUCCUGACACAACGCAGUCCAGCAAAACAUCCGUUGAGUCUCUGGGAGACCAGCUGAAUGAAAACAACAACAAUAUUUUAGGCAACAGCUUGACAGCAAAAGAAGAGACAGCCCCUAAUCUGGAAGACACCUUCACUGAAAUCUAUCUAGGACCGUCCAUGUAAGAAUCCCCCUGCUCUCCUGUCACCCGAUGCAAGAAGUUGGUCAGGUAGAAGAUGCCCAAAGAAGAACACGUCCAAGCAGUUGUUUGUAAAGGAGACUGCAAUCUGUUUUUUAUUUCAAAAAGAUAUUUCAUCACUAUUAUCCACUCAAGUGAUUGAUAAAAACAUUACAAAUUUAAUCUUAUGUUGUAAGGAAGAUACAGAUUGCAUGUGUUCAGCUUUCACUCGUUAUAAUCCAUGUGGUGUGACUCAGGGGUAAUGUUUUUAUAGGUUUUAUAAAUAUAAAGAAUAAUAAAAAAUUGAAUCAUUCUA